AUGGCAACCAAACCGGGAAACUCGAGUUAUGAUGCCAAGCAAAUGGCAUUCUCUUUAGAUACCAUGGCGACUGUACUGGCCGCGCAAGGAAUCACCUCUAUUCCCAACACAGCCUACGCAAUGAUGAGCGCCCUUGACGGCCAACGCACUGUCAAUUCAUUCCAGCAUCAAUUCCGCCCGGUUGUAAAGCGUGCCAAGGAGAUAAAGGCACAAAUGGACAGUGACGCCGGAAUCCCUAUUGCGGUCACUCCCAAGAAACGUGGUACUGCUGCGAAGGAUGAUUCCGAGGAAGCUACACCGACCAAGAAGCCACGCGCUACGCCCAAGAAGAAGGCUGUGGCAAACGGAUCAGAUACACCCAGCAAGCGUAAGGUUAAAGCCAAGGAGCCUGAGAUGAAAGAGGAGACUGCCCAGAUUCAUGAUGGCGUUGACGAAUUUGCUCUUCCGGACAACAUGCUGUUUCCCAAUGCCAACUUUUCUUUCGAUUUCAAUGAUGGUUCGAGCGAAGAUGCUAUCAAGCAGGAACCAGCUUUCUUCCAAGACAGUAUGCUUAGCAACAUGGCCGCAGACGAAGCGUAG